CCAACAUACGCGCGAUAGUUAGAUGCGCCACUGAUCUUCAAUCAUUCGCAUUCCACUCAUUACAGACAAAGUAUUGUUAUAAACAUUAAUUAUAUCUAUUAAUAAUAAAUGAAAAAUUUUCAUAACAUUAAGUUUAGUUUGUAAAUAACCAUCAUGGCUCCAAUACUUUACCAUAUAGAUUUAAGUCCACCAUGCAGAGCUGUUCGUAUUAUUGCAGCUGCGUUAAAUAUUCCUUUAGAGUUGAAAGUGGUAAAUUUAUUAGAAAAGGAACACUUAUCACCAGAAUUUGUAAAGAUUAAUCCACAAAAAACUGUGCCAUGUUUAGAUGAUAAUGGAUUCAUACUUUGGGACAGUCAUGUGAUUAUAGCUUAUUUAAUUAAUAAAUAUAUUGAAAAUGAUACACCUUUAUAUCCAAAAGAUUUAAAAAUACGUUCAAAAAUUGAUCAGAGAAAUCAUUUUGAUUCUGGAGUAUUAUUUGCAAAACUACGUGAAUUAUUUAUUCCUGUUUGGUUUAAAGGUAGUAAAGAAUUGAAUCCAUCGACAUUGGAAGACAUCGCAAAAUCAUAUGAAUUCAUUGAAGCAUUUCUUGAGAAUAAUGACUACCUUUGUGGAAAUCAUAUUACCAUCGCUGAUAUUUCAUGUGCAACAAGCGUUAAUUACAGUAAAGUAGUUGUUCCAAUACCUAAAGAAUUGACAAAAACUACAGCCUGGAUAGAACGUGUCAAUAGUUUUCCACCAUUUGCUGAAGUUGAUCGACCAGGUCAAUUGGCUUUGGAGGCAGCAGUAAAAUCAGUAUUAACUAAUUUGUGAAAUAUAUGAAAUAAUUCAUAUUUUAAAUUAAUA